CAUUACUGGCGCUAAACCUGUAUAUUAUUCGCAAAUCGCAAACAUUUUCCAUAAAAUAAGUUAUUAUAAGACGUGAACACAAAAGAGAAAUACAAGUCAUUUGUAUUCAUCGAUUCCGUGAAUUCACAUCUCAUUCACACAAUGGCUGAUACAAACCCAACUACCAGUCCUCCGCCACAACCGACUGCUAAUAAUAAUAAUAAUAAUAACUAUAACCGGCUUUUGUUGGACACCAUCCAGAGGGUGAUCGGCCGACCAGUUUGCCCGGAGACGGCCUCUCAACUGAUCCAGCAAUUCAUUAACAUAGACCCAAAUCUAGUGAACCAAAGGGUGCGCAACCUAUGGUCGACGUACGGGGGAGUGGGACCCACCGAUAUACGGGACAUAUGGCAGGGCGCUAACAGUCCCCUCUGGAACCUAUGGAACGCGGCCAAAGAGAAAGUGGACCUUCAGAUGGACGUGUCGUCCGAAGACCGCCUGUUCCUAAACAAUGGCGGCCAACGAGACCUCAACUCAAUUAUGUCGACAAACGGCACUCAAAUCAAACUGAAUCUGAGCCCAGCGGUGGGCCACUCGGACAGCAGCCCAGUGGUGGUGAGCGGCCCUCCGGACGGCGUACUCAACACCUACCUGGCCAUCCGGCAACUCCUACCGAUCACCGUAUGGUUCCAUCUGCACCUCAACUCCAGUCUAUCGAGCAUUAUAUUGGAUCCGUCGUCGAAGCCGUUGCAGGACAUCCAGAAGCAGUACGAGAUGGCCAUCUGUGUGGUGCCCUCCCAGUCCCCCGUCAUCACACCGACUCCUCUGAACCACAUUUCGGUCUACAUUCGCACCAACAAAGGAAAGGACGACAAACUGCAGGCCGGCAUCGAAGCGCUCCGGGAGUUCAUAGAAAGCAAUAAUUUCGGACAAUUCGAGCGGUCGGUGCAGACGAAGAUCGAUCUGCCGUCCCAUCGGCCGGAGAUAGUCGGCCGCACGUACUCACUGUUGGACCCGAUCGCCAAUAAGACGGCCACUCAGAUCACUGUCCAGCGGUCGGCCACUAACCUCAUGAGUAACACGUCGUCGAACACGCUGUCCAUCUCUGGCGCCAACUUUUCGUCGAUAUCGACCGCCCGGACAGAGAUCAGCGACCGGUUUGUCGUCGAGUUGGACUUCGAGGUGAACGCGAAGGACAGUCAGGUUCUCGAGAAUUUCGGCCGAGAGUUGGAGCGAAUGGGCGAACAGUUCGCGGUUCACAUACUCAUGAAACCCGGCGCCGACAUCAAUAGGAAGAUCGUGAUCGUGAGGGGCACCGACCGGGAGGUUAGGAAUCUGUUCGAUGUCCGCAAGCAUAUCAUGGAUUUGGUGAAGUGUCCCACCAGUCAGCCCUUCCAGUCCCUAAAUAACAAUAACUACCACUAAAUCCGUGAUUUUGUCUGAAGUGUGAGAAGUUUAUGAACAAAAACCCAAAAGUUUUAGUUUUUUUAAUAUAAGAGUUAAUUUUGAAAGUGAAUUAUAGAUUCUUUGAGUUUUUGUGUAUUUUUAACCUAAUCUUAAAUUUUGUUUAAUAUAAUCGUUCACUUUAAUCGUGAAUUUCAAUUAAUUUAUGAUUUAUUAAUUUUUUGUAUCCCUUUUUGACUUAUUUUUAAAGCAAUAAAUUUGUUUCAUUGAA